ACGUCAUGCUUUUCAGAGAUUUGCGAAAUCUUCAGCCAUAUUGAGGAGUGAACGUGCCAAACGGUAGAGAACAAACCUUUAUUGUAACGGAAUUUUAUAACUCGCAGAGUGCUUUUAAGUGAAACAAAUUAACUGUCAUUUUCGCAGGAUUCUGAGGUUUUUUGUUUGCUGGGACAUAGGUAGGUGCAUCCGAAAUGGCUGAUUUUGAUCAGUUCAGUGCAGAGCCAACGCACGAGUCGUACGACAACGACUUCGAGCGGUUAGAUCCCGACUCCGUAGAAGGUAAGAUUGCCGGCGAAAAUCCCGAGGAAGAUCUGUAUUCAGCAGACUCGUCCCAGAUCCCAACGGGCGAGCUCCUAUCCUUUGAAGACAGCCCACCGACGGAGACACCACGCAGUGGCUUCGAUGCAGGCUUCAGUAAUCCCAUUCCGGAGGCGGUGCCUGAUUCGACGAGUUAUGAGCCCGAAUCAACGCCCGAUGCCCCGAGUGAUCCUUGGGCGGCGUCAGAGGCCGUUGAACGGCAGCCUACGCCACCUCCAGCACCCGCCCCGAUACAGACGGAACCUGAGCCCGAGCCCACACCAGCAGCACCCGUCAAAGAAUAUGAACCAACUCCUACCCCACCUAGCUCACCAGCAUUAGGAGCCUUGAUUGAUACCUCCAAGAUCGACCCCAGAGGAUUACCUGUGGUGGAAUUAAUCUACUGGCGGGAUCCUAAGAAGACUGGGCCUGUGUUUGCCAGCGUGCUGCUGGUCCUGUUGGCUCUGAGCAUGUGUUCCUUCAUCAGUGUGGUGGCAUACCUUCUACUGGCUGUCAUGACUGUUACCAUCAGUUUCCGUGUCUACAAGACUGUCAUGCAGGCAGUGCAGAAGACUGGUGAAGGCCACCCCUUCAAGCCUUAUUUGGACCAGGACAUUACUCUGUCUAAGGUCCAAGUGGAGAAGUACACGGACAAAGUGAUUGAUCACAUCAAUGCCCACAGUGGCUCCCUGCGACACCUGCUGCUUGUGGAGGAUCUGGUGGACUCCAUCAAGUUUGCCGUUGUACUGUGGCUCUUGACCUAUGUGGGGGCUUGGUUCAACGGACUCACCCUGGUCAUGCUAGCCUGGAUUGACCUGUUCACUUUGCCUAUUGUGUAUGAGAAGUACCAGGUCCAGAUCGAUGACGCAGUUGGCAAGGCACACGCCCAGAUCAACACGGUCAUUGCCAACAUCAAGACCAAGAUCCCCUGGUUGAAGAAGAAAGAGGAGUAAACUCCCUCCUUCCCAGAGCUGUGUUCUGUUGACGCAGAUGUCAAGACACACACGUAUACAGCAGCAUCUUACAUGAGGCAUGAUUUUAUCAGCAUUCCCCCGCACAGAACAACUCAUUGUAUACACGCAUCAAGGAGUUUCCAACAUUUUCACAGAACACCAUCCCAUGUAUCUCAUUGACAAGAAAAAAUUAAGUAUCAAAGUAUACUGGAUCUGCAUUUAUCCACACGCUAACAUAUAAUACUCCGUGAGCAGUUUGCUCAAAGUCGUAUGCAGCUUUGUCGUGAUAAGCAUACUUGAUGUUUCUGGUAACACUGCGAAAACCUAAGUCCUGUCCAAAAAAAAAAAAUCAGUGGUCAUGUGACUGGAUGGAAGUCAAUUUUCAAACAUUGGUGAUAUUGUUCUGUAGGUGUGCCGUGCUCCUAGCUAAAACUGUGUGCAAGUAAACUAACCACUAAGAGAAAUAUCCAUCAUACUACUGCGAUGAAAUAAGCUUAUUUAUGCAUUUUCUGUAUAUAGAGGACUUGGCCAGAAUAAUGUAGAUCAUGCCCACAACUUCAUGAGUAACAGGUGUGUGAUUUUGGGGAGGGGUUGGGCUUUGAUUUCAAGGAAGGAGAAAUUUGAAGGAGUUUUAAGGCCACAGAUGUGCGACAUAGUCUACAGUUUAUCACGCAUGCAAGUCCAGUUGAGAUUUUAAACAUGAAACUGAGAUGUAGCAGUGUUUUCAGUUUUCAAAACCUUGUAAAACAUACAGUUGAUGAAAGCCUUAUGAUCAUAUAGUUGACGUCAGCACCUAUUUGUUGUACGUUAUCUAGUUGAAGCAUCCACAUAACAUGAGGUACUUGUGAGGCCAGCAAGCGAAUUACAUUACUCUCUUAGCAUUGUAAGAAUUUUGGAUAAUACAAAUGGUCGUUUUUCCAGCUACUGCCGUCUGUUUGUAGAAGUGAUGGUGUGUGUGUCCAAUUGACCUGGGUAAUGAAGUAACGAUGCUGUUUUGUGCUGGCACAGUGUUAAGCUUUUGCUACGUACACCUGCCCCCAUCGCCGAGGAAAAAAAAUCCCAGAUAAGGAACUGCUGAAAAACUGUCUUGAAAAAUAUCUGUGAAUAAUGCUUCAAAUUCCACUGGAGCAGUCUGUUAGAUUGCCCUCCAGAGGUGUGUAUGUGUAAAGUAAUUGUAAGCAUGACAAAUAAAUAUUGAUAUAGCGCUUGAUAAUACUAGUUCAAAAAAUGCUGAGAAUUCUGGGAGUGACAUUGUUUUGUAAAAAGGAUGUUCCAUGCUAUCGAAUGUAGUAAGAAUGCAGUGGUCUUAGCUGUGUGCAAAUCAAGUCUGUUUGGUUGAAAGCUUGAAUUUAUACCAUUUACCACUUGCACUGGUCACAAAUGCGCAAUUUGGAUACAGUUUGGUUACACAGUGGACGUCUGUCUUGCUGCAGUCAUGUUGUCGUAAUCACCAAAUUCAAUUGUACAGCUAACCAUUUGACAUGUCAUAGGAACCUAGUUAUCUACCUUGUGUUGACUGAAACAGCCUCUUGUGUAUAAACCAAUCCAACGUAGCUGUAGUACAGUCUAGAUCAGUGAAUCACAGUUGUCAUUGUUACUUGGUUAGACAGUAUAUUCUGAGUUUGGAUUUUGGUCAUUUUUCCUACAAUUCAUCAUUCAGUAAGACUAUUGUAAUGAAAAAAGGCGAGCUAGAAUUUUAGGAUAGGAUAGACAAAGUAUUGUAGUUACUGCACUAUAAAUGUUCCAUCAAAAUUGCUUGAUAAAAUCUUGACAAGUUGUGAAAUAAGUGUAUGUACAUCCAACGUUGUGAUUGUGACUGUAUAUUGUGUCUUCAAUCAAGUUUUUCACCAUCAUGUUGCUUGCAGACAAGACUUUGACUUGACAAUCGGGUUGCUCACGUACCAGUUCUUUAAACUCUGCAUUCCUUUGAUCGAACAAAAUAUUUACAAAAAUCUAUUCUGUUGUAACUCCGAUGUUGCAAAUAAGACAAAGUACAACUUAUAGGAUGUUUUGUGUACACUGUAUUUACUACUUAGUAAAUUUUUUGAAACACCAAUGAAGGCUUAAGCUUGUAGGUUGUCUUGGAUUCAUUAGCAUGAGCUUGGAUAAUUUUUGUUCAUCGAAAUUGCCGAUUGUAGCUACUUUGCAUGAACCUUUGCCAUUAUUUCAUGGAGAACCUUAAGAGCAAGUUGUUCAGUGUCCAUAUUCUAAGUAAGUGCAGUGUAAGGAAGUAGAAUAUAGGUUACAUGUCGUUGUUUAACUGAUCACUAUAUGGGAGAGGACGUGUAAUAACGAAGCAGUGUUUUGUCACAAGGGGGUUUUCAUAGUGAGUCUUGUUAUCUUACUGGACAAGUGUACUGAUACGAUUCUGUAAUUCUGUUUGCAAGACUUCCACUGAUUCUUACAGGACAAAUAAGAAAAUUGUAAAAGUAAAGAAGCACUUCAUCCUAAUGCCAGAUGAGUCACCAUGAAGCAGUCGUUUUGUGUAGGUCCUGCUUGCCAUAAAAAUACAAUUUUUUUUUUAUAAUCUGCUGUUUGUCAAACUGUUGGUUUACACUUAAACCGUUUGACAUCACAGUGCGAGUAUUAGUGUGCUUUCAUUUUUUAGAACAAAUAAUUACGUUACGUGUUGCCAGAGUUUUGUACUUCAUAUUUCCUUCUGUCGUAAGAGUGCAAUUUGCUGGAAUUAAACAUUCUGAUGCUCUGGGUUUUGAGUUCAGUCGAUUGUUAAAAUCUGUAAAUACAAUGAUAUCUUUAGUAAAUUUUGCCUUUCGCUGGUAGUAUUACUGAAUUAGUGCAUUGUUGUGUUGAGAAAACGCAGCUUGAAAAACACUUCGAACUUAGUGGCUUUAUAAAUUCACAAUGAUUUGAUUUAGGGUCCAGAAAUUAAUUAGUUUAAAACUUACUUGUACCUGCUUUUUUGAACAGUCCUUACGGGAUAUCGUUCUUUCUUUGUGAUCGUUUAGUUUAGGCUCUCUUUGGGUAACAGUUAAAAUAAAACCGAGUAUGGCUUGCAGAUACUUGAUGGGACAAUCAAAUUGAAAGGAAAAAAAAUGAAAAAUGUUUGAAAACCAUGCUAUGUUACCUGCUUUGUCAUUUCUGCUUUAAUUAAUCUCGAUUUAUGCUGUAGGAAAACAGCAUCGUGGUGUUCUUUUACGAUUUGGAGAGACCUGUUGCAAGAACUAUAUUAAUGUGUUGCUUUGUGUACAAGUAACGUGUAAAACAUGCCGUUAUAGCUCUAAAAGAAAUGUUGGAUAGGAUUCAGGCUCGUUGAAGUAAUGAAAACAUUUCGUAUCAAGAUAAUUGUGUUUCUAAUGUUGGUUGGAAGGAGCUAUGAAACUGGUGUAAUUUUUUUUUAAGUCUUAACGAUUUGUACUGCGGUUUUGGCAAGUUUCACAAUAUUUCAAGAAAUCUUUCAGUAGAUGAGAAUGGUUGUUAAUCUGUCUUGUGCUCUUUUAUUUAAUGCCAGUGCGCUGGUUGGCAAAUCAUUUAGGACUUUGUUAAUUUAAGUUGGACUGGAUUUUGUUUCGGCAUUUGGCAUUCCCUCACCGUGUGAAUUUGUAUCGAAAUGAAAUAAAGUGACUAUUAAAGCCAAAAAGAUGU